AUGGCACCAUCGAAAAAGGCUGGAAAGAAGGUGACUCCAGCCGCUAAAAAGUCAGCUGGCCAGUCGAAGGUUGCGAAGGCAGAUUGGAAGGAGGGCUUCAAGAAGAAGCAGGUCGGGGUAGCGGACAUGACAUUGCUGACCACUAUCAGCAACGAGAGCAUCAACGACAACCUUCAAAAACGAUGGACCAAUGCCGAAAUUUACACUUACAUUGGCUCUGUCCUGAUAUCAGUCAAUCCUUUCAGAGAUCUCGGCAUAUACACGGAUGAAAUCUUGAAAAGAUACCAGGGCAAGAACAGGCUAGAAGUCCCUCCCCAUGUAUUCAGCAUUGCAGAAAGUGCAUAUUACAAUAUGAACGCAUACCAUGAAAAUCAAUGCGUGAUCAUCACUGGAGAAUCAGGAGCAGGAAAGACAGAGGCCGCUAAGAGAAUCAUGCAGUACAUUGCCGCCGUUUCUGGGGGACAGGAUAGCAGCAUCCAGGAGAUCAAGGACAUGGUUCUGGCAACCAAUCCUUUGCUUGAAAGUUUCGGGUGUGCCAAAACGUUGCGCAAUAAUAACUCUAGUCGACAUGGGAAAUAUCUCGAAAUCAUGUUCAAUAGUAGAGGAGAGCCUGUGGGUGCUCAGAUCACAAAUUAUCUUUUGGAGAAGGGCAGAGUUGUAGGGCAAGUUGAGAACGAGCGCAACUUCCACAUUUUCUAUCAAUUCACCAAAGCGGCAUCCGACGAACAACGAGAGGCGUUUGGAUUACAGGGUCCAGAGGCGUAUUUAUAUACCAGCAUGAGCAACUGUCUUUCUGUCUCCGAUAUCGACGAUACGAAAGACUUCCAUGAUACAUUGCAAGCCAUGCAAGUCAUCGGUUUAACUCCAGAAGAGCAACAUGAGAUCUUCAAAAUGCUCGCUACCAUUUUGUGGGUUGGCAAUGUUCAAUUCGAAGAAAAUGACGAUGGCAAUUCUUCCAUCGCUGAUACAGGGGUCACGGACUUUAUUGCAUAUCUCAUGGAAGUUGACGGCGAGCAAGUUCAAAAAGUUCUUACUUCAAGGAUCAUGGAAACUAGCAGAGGUGGCAAGCGAGGCUCGGUAUAUGAAGUUCCAUUGAAUCCUGCUCAGGCAUCUUCUGGACGCGAUGCCCUCGCAAAAGCCAUUUACAACAACUUGUUCGAAUGGAUCGUAUCUCGUGUCAACGUAUCCAUGAAGACGCGUUCAGCACACGCACAGGUCAUUGGUAUCUUGGAUAUCUUCGGUUUCGAAAUUUUCGAGGACAAUUCGUUUGAACAGCUUUGCAUUAAUUACGUCAACGAAAAACUGCAACAGAUCUUUAUCGAGCUUACACUGAAGACGGAGCAAGAAGAAUACGUCCGGGAACAGAUCAAGUGGACACCAAUCAAGUACUUUAAUAACAAGAUCGUCUGUGACCUUAUCGAAGAGCGCCGCCCCCCUGGAAUAUUUGCGGCCCUCAACGACGCUUGCGCGACUGCUCACGCCGAUCCCGCAGCUGCCGAUAACAGCUUCAUGCAACGUGCUUCGGGACUAGCUUCCAAUCCACACUUUGAGGCUCGCGGUGCCCAAUUUUUGGUUCGCCAUUAUGCCGGAGACGUCAUGUACAACGUAUCGGGAAUGACAGAUAAGAACAAGGACUCUUUGAUCAAAGAUUUACUGGAUCUUAUUGCGAGCAGUGGAAAUUCCUUCUUGCAGACAUUGUUCCCUGAUCGGGUGGAUCCAAAUAGCAAGAAACGUCCGCCAACAGCAGGUGACAGGAUCAAACAAUCUGCAGGCGCUUUGGUUGAUAAUCUAAUGAAAGCCCAGCCAUCAUACAUUCGUACAAUCAAGCCAAAUCAAAAUCGAAGUCCGUCGGAGUAUGACUCAAAGGCUAUUCUCCACCAAAUCAAGUAUCUUGGUCUCCAGGAAAACAUACGGGUUCGCCGAGCAGGAUUUGCAUACCGAAAUACAUUUGAGAAAAUGGUUGAACGUUUCUACUUGCUGUCACCGAAUACAUCAUACGCAGGAGAAUAUACUUGGUCUGGUGAUCCUAAAUCUGGAUGUCAACAAAUCCUGAAAGACACAGGCAUUGCGCCAGAGGAGUGGCAAAUGGGUGUCACAAAAGCCUUCAUCAAGAACCCAGAGACGUUGUUUGCUCUAGAGACAAUGAGAGAUCGCUACUGGCAUAACAUGGCUGGCCGCAUUCAAAGAGCCUUCCGAAACUAUAUGCGUUAUAAGCACGAAUGCGCGCGUCGUAUUCAACGCUUUUGGAAGAACAAUAAGGAAGGGAUUGUUUAUUCCCAAAUUCGCGAUUAUGGGCAUCAGCUACUCGCCGGACGUAAAGAACGCAGGCGGUUCAGUCUGCUUAGCUACCGACGAUUUAUGGGAGAUUAUCUUGAUAUCAACGGCAAGAGUGCUUUGGGUGAGGAAUUGUCAGAAGCAGCUGGUAUCGGGCGUGAUAAUGUGGCUUUCAGCUCGAGAGCACAGCUGCUUGUGUCAAAGCUUGGGCGCUCGAGCAAGCCUAGUCCGCGAUAUCUAGUUCUGACAGCGAAAGCCAUUCAUAUUCUUGUUACCACGGCAAAAGACGGCCAGUACCUAACGACAUUGGAAAGAAAAAUUCCUCUUGUAACCAUAAAGAGCGUGGCUAUGUCUACCCUUCGUGAUGAUUGGAUGGCGAUAAAUGUUGGUUCCUCUGAAGAAGGAGAUCCCAUUAUUAGCUGCGUUUUCAAGACCGAAUUUGUAACGCAGCUUGUUAAACUGACCUCAUCAAACAUCAAUGUUGUCAUUUCCCCUAUGAUUGACUACGUCAAAAAGAAGGAUAAACGAGCGCAAAUCAAAUUUAUCAAAGACGAGACUGUCCCUCGAAAUGAUGUAUACAAGAGCCAUACAGUUCACGUCCCAUCAGGAGAACCUCCCAAUAGUGUGUCACGCCCUCCAGCGAAGAGAAAGCCGGGAGUUGUUCGUCCAAUUACUCAGGGAAAAUUAUUAAGGGCUGGUGGCCCAGAUAAGAAAUCCCAACCCGCAAGGGCAAAACCCAAACCUGCCACCCAACCGUUACCGGGCCAAACGACAUCAAGUACUCUCAAAUCCACCCCUAUGCCGAUAUCGACACCUGCGGUUGCAAGCAAUGGUGCUAAGUCAAAACCACCUCCAGCACCACCUCGUAACGUUGCUCCUCCCCCUCCUCCCCCUCCUCCCAAGCAACCUGAAGUACCGCUUUACCGAGCUAAAUUUGCAUUUGAAGGGCAGGAAGGCGAAAUGUCUUUGAAAAAAGACGACGUGGUUGAACUGGUAGAGAAGGACGACAACGGCUGGUGGCUAGUGAAAAAAGACGGUCAGGAAGGGUGGGCGCCUAAUAAUUACCUUGAGCUUAUCCCACCACAGCCUGCAGCACCAGCAGCUCCACCACCACCUCCACGAAACAAGGUUCCAGCUCCUACAGCAGUCAAAAUUACACCUUCUGCGGUUACUGCUAAUCCAUCUGCAAAGCCUGUCUCAGUUUUCCCAGGAAUGGCUGCUGCCAAUGGCUCUGCAACUCCCUGGAAAAAGGCGCCAACCAGUGAUGACAACUCCCCAGCCAGCUCGCGCCCAUCAAGCUCUUUAGGUUCCAAACCGCCGCCUCCCGUCGCCACAAAACCUAAACCAACACCUCCUCCCAUCGGUGCUAAGCCUGGUGCCCCUAAGGUUGGCGCUAAGCCAGCAGUACCUUCUGCGCCCCGACCUCCGCCCGCUUCCUCAGGGCCAGUCAAAGGUUCUGUCACGAAACCAUCGACAGCACCAGGGCAAGUUGACCUUGCUGCUGCCUUAGCAAAACGUGCUCAGAUGAUGGGCAACGGUAACUAG